AUGGCGAUAAAGUCUUUGCUGUCUCGGCCAUUUGAUCUCCUCAUAUUCAUAUUCUUCUUGACACACAUUCCAAUCACUAUUUUUAUCGAUUCACAAUCAGUGUUGCCGAGGUCAUGGUACGCUGAUGGCGCUGUCAACAUGCUGGAAUGGUAUGUUGAACAAUUCGGGGAUCCAUUGGUGAAGGACAGCCCAUCAUGGUUCAGAGUGCUGGUGUGGAACGAGAUAUUGCUGCAACUACCAUUCUUCUUUGUUGGAGCAUACGCGUUUGCAGCAGGCAAAAGAUGGAUCAGGCAGCCAGCAAUAGUGUAUGGUGUCUCCACCGCAACAACCCUGCUGCCAAUCUUGGGUGAGCUUGUGCUCACUCCUGCAAAGGCGGGUGUCCGUCGAACAGAGCUGAUUCUUUUCUACCUGCCGUACCUGCUUGUGCCCUUGGCACUGGCGGUACGCAUGCUCUUGGUGGAAGAUAUCUUCCCACAGAGGCCACGGCGCCCUGUCAGCAGGAAGAGGGUGUAG